AUGGUGACAACUCGAAGCAGUGCACGAAGGACCCCUUCGGCCGAAUUGCCGCUCCUAGAUGGCCACGCAAGCGGGAAUGGCCAUGCGAAUGGAAACGGCCACGCAAACGGGUAUACCAGCGUCAAUGGCACCAGCAAGAAGCGCCACAGCAACACCAACGGCGUCAAUGGCCGCGAUGAUGAGCACGACUCCAAGCGGCAGAAGGUCGCAGAGCCAGUCGACCGAACGAGAUGGCGCAUGAAAGCUGACGACGGGCGACACACCUGGCACUACCUCGACGACAAGGAGGCCGCUGAGAAAUGGCCUCAGAGCUAUGCGGACAAGUGGUACAUGGGUCUUCCUCUCAACCUCCCUGCCCUUGAUCCGCCCAAGGCCCCCAGCGACGCAGUCCGCAACGGCCUCACCUUCUUCGAACACCUACAACUCCCGACGGGCCACUGGGGCUGCGAAUACGGAGGGCCUACGUUCCUCUUGCCAGGGUAUGCCAUCACAUGGUACGCCACGAAGCAGCACAUACCGGAGAUAUACAAGAAGGAGAUCAAGAACUACCUCUUUGCUCGCGCACAUCCAGAGGACGGAGGCUGGGGCUUACACAUUGAGGGCGAGUCGACGGUACUGGGCACGUCGCUCAACUACAUCGCCCUGAGAAUUAUGGGUGUUGAACCGGACCACCCUGUGAUGACCAAGGCAAGGGCAACGCUUCACAAGUUAGGAGGGGCAACGCAUGCGCCGCACUGGGCCAAGUUCUGGAUGGCCGUGCUAGGAGUGUGCAAGUACGACAUUGUGAACCCUGCACCACCAGAGCUGUGGUUGCUGCCGGACUGGGUGCCCAUCCAUCCAUGGCGAUGGUGGGUGCACAUACGGCAGGUGUUCCUGUCUAUGUCCUAUAUCACGUCAAAAAGGUGGUCUUGCGAGGAGGACGACCUGAUCCGCUCGCUACGAAACGAGGUCUUUGUUGAGCCGUGGGAGAGCAUUGACUGGAACGGCAACCGGAAUUCGAUCUGUGAGAAGGACAAUUACCACCCCAAGACCUGGCUCUUGAGUACCGCGAACUGGGUACUAGCCACUAUCUGGAACCCCUAUCUGCGCCCGAAUUAUAUCAAGAAUAAGGCGGAGGCAUGUGUUUCCAACUUGAUAGAUAUGGAGAUGGCCAACACGGAUUUUGCCUGUCUGGCGCCUGUGAACCAGCCCAUGUCGCUCGUGUGCUGCUACAUCAGGGAUGGGCCUGACUCCUACACCGUGCGUCGUCUUCGGGAGCGCAUGGAAGAUGGUAUCUUCGUCAACGCAGACGGCAUGAUGGUCUGCGGGACAAACGGCGUGCAGUCCUGGGACACAGCAUUCGCAAUCCAGGCUGUGGUCAGCUCGGGCCUGGCCAACGACCCGAGGUGGCGGCCCAUGAUGGAAAAGGCGCUGGAGUUCCUGGACAACCAACAGAUCCGCGAGGAUGUCAAGGACAUGGACAAGUGCUACCGGCACCCGCGUAAAGGCGCGUGGGCCUUCAGCACCAAGGUGCAGGGGUACGCCGUCAGCGACUGCGUGUCGGAGGCGCUUAAGAGCGUUAUCCUGCUGCAGAAGGAGGCGUCCGGAUACCCGCAGCGGCUGGACGACCGGCGGAUCUUCGACGCGGUGGACACACUGCUCACGUACCAGGACCCCAAGACGGGCGGCUGCGCGUCGUACGAGCGGCCACGCGGCGGCCAGUGGAUGGAGAUGCUCAACGCGGCCGAGAUCUUUGGCAACAUCAUGGUCGAGUACCUGUACCCUGAGUGCACGACGGCGGCGGUCACGACGCUGAAGCUGUUCCAGAAGCACUGGCCGGACUACCGGGCAAAGGAGGUGUCCACAUUCAUCGAGCGGGCGGUACGCUGGAUCAAGACGGCGCAGUAUGACCAUGGUGGGUGGUAUGGCAGCUGGGCCAUCUGCUUCACAUACGCAACCAUGUUCGGGCUGGAGAGCCUGGCGACUAUUGGGGAGACGUACGAGAAUAGCGAGUCUGCCAGGAGAGGAUGCGAGUUCUUGGUCUCUAAGCAGCGUGAAGAUGGCGGAUGGAGUGAGCAUUAUCAGUCAUGUGAAGAAAUGCGCUAUGUCGAGCACCCCAGCGGCAGCCAGGUGGUCAUGACGGCGUGGGCGCUGAUCGGGCUGAUGCUGGCCAAGUACCCAGACGUAGAACGUCUCAGGAGGGGCGUGGCAUUCAUCGCUGGGCGCCAGCAGCCCGACGGCGAGUGGAAGCAGGAGGCGGUCGAGGGUGUGUUCAACAAGAGCUGCUGCAUUGGAUAUCCCAACUACAAGUUUACGUUCACGAUCAAGGCGUUGGGCAUGUUUGCCCAGCGGUACCCAGACGUUAAACUCUAG